AUGGAGAGUGGAGCUAGAACAAUCAUAUUCCUCAUUUUGUCUUCGGCUCUAUUCUCUUGCAAUUCCGCAGGUGGUGGCCUUCUAGCCAGUCCUGGUGGCCGUCUAAGCCCUGGUGGUGAAAUGAUUUUUAACGUCUUGAGUUUUGGUGCCAAACCUGGCCAAAUACAAGAAAGUACUCAGGCUUUCAUUAAGGCAUGGCAUGCAGCUUGUAAUUUCAACGGGAGAGUCAGGCUACUAGUCCCACCUGGGGUUUACAGACUAAGUGAAACCACAUUUGGAGGGCCAUGCAAAAGCCAAUCGCCCAUAAUUGUUCAAGUUCAAGGAACUCUUCAAGCAGUUACUGAUCUCUCGGCUUACACGGGCAAGGGAUGGAUCUCAUUCAGCAAUGUUAAUGGCUUAACCCUGACCGGAGGAGGUACUUUUGAUGGGCAAGGCCGGUCCUUGUGGCGAUAUAAUGACUGCAACAAUAAUCCUGAUUGCGUGCACCUACCCGCUUCUCUGUAUUUCACCAAAGUGACAAACGCCAAAGUAAAGUCUAUCAAAAUAAUAAACGCCAUGGGAUUCCACAUGCACGUUACUAAUAGCUAUCUGUUUAGGGCAUACAGACUCGACAUAACCUCUCCGGCUGAUAGUCCAAACACUGAUGGAAUGCAUAUAAGUAGGUCCGCUAAUGUGAAAAUUUCCCGAUCCAUCGUUAAAACAGGGGACGACUGUAUCUCCAUAGGUCAAGGAGCAACCAAUGUUACCAUCAACAGGAUAACCUGUGGUCCUGGACAUGGCAUUAGUGUGGGUAGUCUUGGCAAACUGCCAAAGGAAUUGGAUGUACAAGGGGUCAUUGUAAAAAACAGCACAUUACAAGGUACAACAAAUGGUCUCAGAAUCAAAACAUAUCCAGCAUCGGAUCCGAGCAGGGCUUCAGGGAUGCUUUUCCAGGAUAUAAUUAUGGACAACGUUGAGAACCCUAUCAUCAUCAACCAGAAUUAUGGCACAAAAUCAAGCAAGCCAUCCCUUGUGAAAAUCAGCGACGUCAUAUACCAAAAUGUACGAGGAACCACGUCAUCACCGGUUGCUGUCAAUCUGAUGUGUAGCUCACAGGCUCCAUGUCAAAACAUCCACCUUAACAAUGUCAACUUAAAAUUUCAAGGCAAUUUGAAACUUACUGCUACUUGUACUAAUGCACAAGUAGGCUACAGUGGAAUACAAAUUCCACCACCUUGUCAGUCCGGUGCUUCUGCCUAA